AUGGAGAAUAUUUGGCAUCACCGCAAGGUCGCCGAGACAGCGGCAAAGGGAUGCAUGGUCUGCUACAAGCCCUCGUCCAGCGUCUUGAUCACUCCCGACAGCAAGGACUUUUUCUACAUCUGCCCCUCGCACCUCAAGGACCGCAACUUUGCCCUGCCGACCGAUGAUGAAGCCAAAGCCAUUGCCGAAAGAAAGAAGAAAGAAGAGCUGGAUCGUGAGAUUGAGGCUGUCAAGAAGGAGUACGAGGAAAAGAUGAAGAAGAAGCAGCAAAAGAAGGACAAGUCCAAAGACAGGGACAAGGAUGCCAAAGACAAGGACAAGGAGGACAAGAAGCCGGACAAGGAGGAGCAGGAGAGAGACGACAAGAUCAAGGCCCUCACUGACAAAGCCGAUGCCUCGUCCACGGCAAAGUCUGGCGUAGACGACGGCCCUCGAGUCUUCCAGCUGCAGAAGCACUUUUACAACCAGCGCCUGGAGAAGAUGCGCAACGCCGAAGCUGCAAAGCGCGCCCGUGAACGCAUGCGCAACCCUCAGCUGUUCCCCUCGGUCCCCUCCGGCAACCCUUGA